AUGUCGACGGAGAAAGAGUUUUCCGUUGCUCAAGUACAAGACAAGUUCUUGAAAAUGAAGGCCGCAUGGGCAUUGACGAAAACUUGGAGUUCCAGCAAGACUGGUAAUGGUCCAGCUAGUGCAUUGCCACUGCACUACGACGUUAUGAUGGAAUUUUGGAGCGACAAAAAAGGCUUCCAGCGAUACUCAUUGAUGUCAACGGACGAAGCAUUGGUCGAGCCCAAAAACGAAAUCAAGCAAGAACAAGAGUUGAAGUCGGAUUCUGAAACCGACAAGUCGUUCACACGACCUCCAAAAACAAUAAAGGCAGCGAAACCGAAGAGCUACAGUGAGGCUUUAGAUGCUGGCCUUAUGGCCACCAAAGAUGGAUUGAUCCACUUGGGAACAUCCAUGGCAGCGACGCAGGCUCCGGCGCCUGCUCCACCAUCGGGAGCAACGUUGGACGAUGUCUUGCGUGCGAUUCAGGGACAGUCCGACACGAUGGCGCAGCUCUUAAACCAUUUGGUAGCUCAAAAGGAUAAGUAA